GCGCGGCGACGGUUUCCAGGCGCCCGCGGAGUCCCAGCCGUAGAAAAACAAAACCCCGGAGAGCAACAAAACUCACAUUUUACUGCCAACUACCGACCGCAAUCCCGUUUUCCGGGCGUAAUUCUCCGUUUCCGACCGUCUCUCGGUGUUUUUCGUCGCUCUUUGCCGCCUCCCGGCCGAUGUUGUUUAUCUGUAGUAAGGGGGGGCUUGAAACCGGCCUCCGUUGCCCCAUUUCCUCGGUUGUUUUCCUUCUCUCGCCUGGAUUCUCCAUGUUGUUGCUGCAAAAGUGAGGACUUCGCAGCGGUCGGGAAGAAAGGGGGGCAGCUCGGACAUAUUAGCGGCAAUAGCGAAGCGGUAACACCACCCGAGAACGGCAAAAUAAUAGCCUCCGAAAAACACAUAUCCAAGUGCCUUGCCCCCUCCCCGGGCGGACCUCCGACACCAGAAGAAGAAGAAGAAGAAGAAGAAGAACCAGGAGCGCGGCGAGAGGGAAUAAAGAAGCCGCGGAACAAGCUAAAUCUCACCGAGGAUUGUUGCUUGAAAGGCGGAUGACAAGUUAGCUCGGUGAAUAUCAGAGCCGGAGAGUCCAUUAAAGCCAAUGAGGGAUGCCCAUCAGUGCUCGGGGACAGGAUUUGAGGAUUUUGAGGGCUCCGUGAUUGUCAGAUGGAAAGUUCUGUUAUCACCCAAGUGCAGAAAGAAGACGUUCAAGUGUCACCGAAAACAGGCCAGGUGAGCCGCUCUGCCCUGAAACAGCCUCGGAGUUGUAACAUCUUCAAAGCACUCUUCUGUUGCCUCCAAGCUCAGGAUGGCCCCAAACCACCAGCGCCACUGCCGCCACCUUCCCAGCAGGCCUUGCUGGAGUCACAGGAAAAUGGGACGGUUGUCAAGCAGUCGGAACCGAGCCUCCUGCCUGAGAUGAAGGCCCAGGACCAAGGGAAGAUCUGCGUGGUCAUAGACCUGGAUGAGACUCUGGUGCACAGUUCAUUCAAGCCUAUUAGUAAUGCAGACUUCAUCGUGCCUGUGGAGAUAGAGGGGACCACACACCAGGUUUACGUCCUGAAGAGGCCGUACGUGGACGAGUUCCUGCAGAGAAUGGGGGAACUGUUUGAAUGUGUGCUGUUUACAGCCAGUCUCGCUAAGUAUGCAGACCCAGUGACGGACCUGCUGGAUCAGUGUGGGGUAUUCCGGGCCCGGUUGUUCCGGGAAUCCUGCGUAUUCCACCAGGGCUGCUAUGUCAAGGACUUGAGCCGCCUGGGCCGAGACCUCCACAAAACGCUCAUCCUGGAUAACUCUCCUGCCUCCUACAUCUUCCACCCUAAUAAUGCUGUUCCUGUGGUGUCAUGGUUCGACGACGUGGACGACGCCGAGCUGCUCAACCUUCUGCCCGUGUUCGAAGAGCUCAGUCAAGCCGACAACGUCUACACCCGGCUGGACCAGCUGCGUGGACCCUAGGACCUCGACGGAGCUCUUCUUACUACGACGGAACCACGUACGCCGAGAACAGAUCCGCCGUUCUCGUCACCUCUGCACAAAACCCUGAGAAAAAGAAAAAUUGUAUUAGCACGAGGUUAGAGAGAAAAAAACAACCACCGUGUCUUUGGCUCAACUCAAACUACAGAUGGCAAACCGAGGCCUCAGUGCUGCCGAUGUUCACGACCACUAUUUGAAAGCACUACGAGAAAAGAGCGGGAAACGGCAACCAAAGCACUCCCACCACCACCACCACCACAAUCGCUGCAGUUAGUCCGAAUAUUAAAGUGGUUCUUUUGCCAAAGCAGAAGCCUGCCUGCCCUGACUUGACUUUUUUGGACAUUGUUUUUUUUUUUUUUUUUUUAAUUAUUGUGCCUUUUAUGGAACAACAGAGAAAAAAAAA